AAAAUUGGAAAUAUGCAACAAAAAAACUAGUAUAUUGUCCCUAUACCAUAAUAUGAACAAGAAGUUGUCCACUUAGCAUAAAUUUUAAUGUAAACCCAAUUAAGUCCCUAAUCUAAGCUUAAAACGUUUUUUGUAAAAUUAAUUGUUAAAAAUAAAAGUUAAAAGUAAAAAAAAAAAAUAACAGAUGGUAAAUAAACAAAAGGGGAUAAUCUCAAAUCGUGACUUAGAACCCUAAUUUUGUCAUCUCCUUUGGCGAUAGAGAACAAAAGACGAUUUCAAGUCAUCGGCGUGUCAGAGCUCGCCGUCGCCGGUGUUCCUUCAGCCCGCUAGGACUCCGGUGGUGUUCUUCUUCAUCUUAAUUGCAGUGUCAGAAACCACGUCCACUUCGCAUCUCGUUCUCAAGUAACUCGCCGAACACCACUGAAGCUCGAACCUCACCGAUAACCGAAGCUCGUUCCUCUCCGAUCUGGAAUAUACUCUCUCAGCUCUAUUUCAAGCAAACCAAUCGAGACUUUUCAGGUUUGUUUGUGAAUUUUUUUCUGCAUGUCUUUGUAUCUUUUACUUGAGUCUUUUUUUAAUCAUAGUUUGAGUGUCAUAGGUUUCGAAUUUAGUUUAUGUGAAUGAUUUAGGCUUCUAUCUUAUCAAAGUUGCAUACUUUUUUGAUUGUUUGUUUGUUGCAACCGAUCUCUUGUACCUGUUGUUGUUUCUCGUGACAUUGAGGGAGAAUGGAUUCGCAUUUAAUUGGGUAUUGACAUCUAUAAAGCAUGUAAAGUAUGUGGUUUGCAUUUUGUAUGUCUUUGGUGAUUUUGUUUGAUUUGUUUUCACUAGUAUGUAUGUCUUUGGACGAUUGUUUUAUGAUGAAAAGUGGCAUGAACCGUGACUGUUGUGAUUGUAUUUCUUUCCUUGUGUUGUGAUUUAUAAGAGUUUAUAAGAACUGGUGACUUCAUUUUCAUGUCUUUCUUUUUAAAAUAUGUGUUUCAUUAUCAUAAUUUGUGCUUGAUAUGUAUCGAUUUUAGUUGAGAUAGUUAGUGUUAAUGAUUUAGGUGUCUAUGUUAUGAAAGUUUAAUUCUUUUGAUAUUUUUGAACGCUAAGUAAAGUUUCAAACUUUUUCUUGUUUGUCAACGCUUAAGUAUUAUGAACUUGUAUCAUGAUGACUUUGUUUUAUGAGUACUGACUGUGGUGAUUGUAUUUGUUUCAUUGUUCACAGGUAUGGCGAUGGAUCAGUUGCCAAAAACCCUAUUCAAAGAGGGAACGGAAACACAAGUUGAGAAGGUGAACAACACUUGUCGAACUUCUAUACUUAAGAAGGUGGAGAAGUAUGUUGAAGCAGAGUACAAGGAAGUGUUGGGUGAUCCGCUAUUUUCUCAGGUUAUGGAUAUUUAUGUGCACAAGCUUCAGUAUUCAGGGAGAGUGAUCCACAGCUUCGUUUGUAAGCAGUUUCUGACCGCAAAGCGCCAUGAGUUGUGGUUCCAUUUUGCUAGGAGGGCUCUCAGAUUUUCAAUGCAAGAAUUCCAUGCGAUCACUGGUCUGAAAUAUAAAGACGACGAGCCUGACUUGGAUAUUGAUAAAUGGAGAGGUGAUAAAGGGUUUUGGAGUAAGUUGCUGCGGAAAAAAGGAAAAAUUAGCCUACAGCAAAUCAGGAAGGUGCAUCUGAAGUCUUGUAAUACAUGGUCUCAUGUUGAUAGGCUGAGGAUGGUGUAUUUGUGUGUGAUUGCUGGUCUGGUUAUGGCGAAGGAUGAGAAGGUGUGCAUCCCACACAAGUACAUCAAGCUCGUGAUGGAUUUCGAUAAGAUGAGAAAAUAUUCGUGGGGUCUUCACUCUUUUGAUGCGCUUGUGACUUCCAUUACUGAAGCUAGGGAUAAAGUGAAGACGCAGAACAGCUAUGUCAUAGAUGGAUUCUCUUAUGCACUUCAGAUUUGGUUGAUGGAGGCUAUUCCAGACAUCGGGUCUCUUUUGGGUACGAAGCUCAAAGAAGGCGUCACUAGCAUGAGAUGCAGAAAUUGGAAAGGAUCUGCUAAGGUUUCCUAUGAAGAUAUUAUUAGUAUUGAGUCCGAUUUUGCAUCCACUGGAGUUGUGUUUCCAUACAUCUCUUCAACUGGAAAUGGCAACAUCAUUGUUGAUGCUGGGUUUGAGCGAGACGAUGAGAUGAAUGACGAAAGGGUCGAUCUGAUCAUUGACAUGUACAGAAAGAAGUAUGACUGGAGUAAGCAUGUUUGGCGUUAUCAGGAAACUGAACAACCAUAUGCGGAAAGUUCUGAGGAUGAUGGUUCAAAGGAAGAAGAGGCUGGAGAAAGAAGUGACUGUGAAAUGGAAGAAGAAAUAGAAACCGCCCAUGUGUCUCCUGCAAAGAAGAACCAGUAUCGGGAUAUUGGAGCCGAGUCAAGGAAGAAGAGGUUACUUUGCCAAAGAUCAACCGACAAAUACAGAGAUCUUGAAGAGAGUAUGAAGUCCUAUAUCCAGGGUAUGUUCAAGUCUUCUUUUAUUGCCUUAGGGCUUGAGGUCCGCGACUUAAUUGAAGACCGGUUUACCAAAUUAGAGCAGACGAUCCUUUCAUCUCAGACUCCAGUUGGUGUUCCGGCUUAUACUCAGCCUCAUGGUCCUGCUCCGACUUAUAUUCAGACUCAUGGUCAUGCUCCGGCUUAUACUCAUACUCCUGCUGCUGCUACGACAUCUACUCAUACUCAUGCUGCUGCUACGACAUCUACUCAAGCUCCUACUCCUACUCCGGCGUCUACUCACGCUAGUGGUCCUGCUACUACUUCCCGCACUCGAGCUUCUCGCGACAAAGCUUCGGUUCCUUCUCACACUGGUGGUCCUGCAACUGCUGCUAAGACAAGAUCUCAGACAAAGGUAAACAAGAAGUAGAUCUUUUCUCAUGAAUUUGAAUUCUCUUCUUGCGGUCGGUUUGUAUUCGGUUACUGUUCUUGCGGUUUGUAAUAUUAUUGUAUGGAUGAUGUUUUGUUAAAUGUUUGUAGUAUUGAUGUAAGAAUGAUGGUUUGUUUGCGGUUUGUAAUAUUUUGAAGUAAGAAUGAUGUUCUGAAAUUGCAUGUAUUUGAUGUUCUCAUAUAUAUGUUUUAAAAAUAUUAAUGUCAUGUUUUUCUGUUUAUAACCAGGAUCCAGAGUUGUCUGAUUUGUUUGGCAGCUUAUUUGACACUUUAGAUGUCAAUUUAGGGACCCAAGAGGACUUAGAAAAGACAAUGGGCAACCUUACACAAGAGUCCCAUGUUAACGGGUUUGAUCCAUCUCAAGAUUUCUUCAACCGACCAUUCUUGAAUGAUAUAGAUGAUCCAGAAGUUCGUUGCAAAGACAGCGACUACGAAUUGGUUUUUGUUCCAGAAGACAAAUUCUCCAAACUAACCGAAUGGAUCCUCAAGCCCAAGUAAGUAAUAUUUGUAUUGUUUUACUAUUUUUUCUCAAUUUUCCUCACAAACAUCGUCACACUACUGCUUUCUAUUUACAGAGUACUUCAGAUUGGGCCAUCUAAAUUUGAUGCAGAGUUGGCUUCGCGUAUAAUGGGGCCUAAUGAAUGGUUUGAAGAACUAUGUGAGUUUAUCUUAGACUUAAUUUACAUAUUUAAUAAUAGUUUUUGGUUCUCAUUCCUUAAAAACAUGCAUUGUCUUUUUCAGGACAUGGACGCAAUGAUGUAUUUGUUUCGGGAAAAAACCUCAUUGCGUCGGUGGAAGCCAAACCGAGUAACAUUUCUGAAUUGUAUGUUCAGUAAUCAGAUCAUCACCGCCUACGGCAAGUUUGAUGGGAACAGGAGAGGGUACAAAGUCGACAACAACCUUCUCGAAUAUGGAAGAGGUGAGCUUCCAUAUCAUGGAAGCACAGGUUCGGUUUGGGGUGUUGAUGUCGAUCGUCUCUACAUCCCUAUUUGUGUCAACCAAAUCCAUUGGAUCUCUAUGUGCGUCAAUCUUGUGAACCGGACUGUUGAGGUUUUUGAUUGUGGAGGUAAGAAGAACAACAAGGCCGUGGAAGCAUUCGCCGUCCUCAUUCCACGAAUCGUCAAGGCUGUCCAGUCAUCAGAUAAGAAGAAAGAUUUUAAUGUCAAACAGUAUGCUGUUUCUUAUGUCCCGAUGCGCGCCCUAAACACGAGUGGCAAUGACUGUGGUGCUUAUUCGUUGAAGUUCAUAGAGUGCCAUCUACUUGGUUUAGAUUUCUCUUUGGUGAAUGACGAGAACAUCCAAGAAGCCCGACACAAGAUAGCGUUUGAUCUUUGGGAAGCAGCAAAUGAUGAGUCCUUGCAGUAUCGAAUGUCCACAUUUAAGCCUCCAAAGCGUGCUCCGGAGAAAACGGUUGAACUCUUUUGAGUUCAUGCUUGUUGUCUUUGAUAGUUUGUGGUUUAUCAUUUCAGUUCAUGCACUACUUUGAUUGUUUUGAAACUGAUCUACUAUUUCAGUUCACGAUUAUUGUUUAUGUUUCGAAACUAAUAUAUUAAGUGAUUUAGGGUAUAGGGUUUCAACCCUAUCUAAUUUAUUUGAGUUCAUGGUUAAUUGUUGUUGUUAGUUGUUAUGAUAGUUUUCAUUUUAAAUAAAAACGGGUUGAAACCCCUAAAUUCAUUACGGUUCAAACCCCUAAACCCCUAAACUAUCACAAUUGUUACAUAUUAUAUUAUCAAGAAAUUGUUAAAAUCGAUUUAUAGAGUGUAGUAUUUAACAAGAGUAAAUAAGAAUUGUGGGUUUAACAAUUUCUUGACAAUAUAAUAUGUAACAUGACGAUUUUAAUUGAUUCCUAAUAUAUGAUUUACGGGUUAGUAUUUUCAAAUUUUGUCUUCAUAUACUUCUCAGAAGUCGAUUUUUGUGUAUUAGAGUGUAGUAUUUGAGCAGCUAAUAUAAGUGUUUUAGAGUAUAACCCAAUUACGGUUUAUACCCACUAGGCCCACCCGAAAAUGUUUAAAAUCCGACCCUAAACCCGGGUCCACACACCCCCAAACACGUGAGUUUCUUUUCAUUUGUCGAAACUUAAGAACGUAAAGUAUAGAGAAAAGGGGAUUAGGGUUCUUUAUCUGCGAAUCUAGCAACAAAAUC